AUGCCGCCCUCUCAGCUCAAGCAGCUGAAAGCGUCACUUCGGGACAGCGGCGUCGUUGGUCCUCAGCAAUCCAAAAAGCAAAAGCGCCAGAACGCAAAAUCUGGUGCUACGGCGCAAAACCGGAACCAGCGCAAUGCCGCUUUGCAGGCCAUUCGGGAUCGAUUCAACCCCUUUGAGAUCAAAGUUCCCUCGGGCAGAAGCAAAUUCGAAUCUACUACCCGAGAUGGCAACUCAACUGCUGCUGUGCGCAAUCGCCCAGGAGUCACCAAGUCACUUGGAGAGGAAAGGCGCCGAGCUACGCUUCUACAAGAAAUGAACAACCGGAACAGAGUUGGUGGACUUGUUGAUCGCCGAUUCGGUGAGAACGACCCGACCAUGACACCCGAAGAGCGGGCUGCCGAACGAUUCGCCCGAGAAAGUCAAAAGAAGAUGCGCAAGGAGUCUAUGUUUAACCUUGAGGAGGAGGAGGAUGAGUUCCAGCUUACCCAUAUGGGUCAAUCUCUGUCAUUUGACGAGGCCAAUCGUGACGACUUUGAGAUGGGCGAGAUGGACGGCGAUCUGAAAGGCGAAGAAUCCGACGACGAGGCGACACGGAAGCGCAAGCGCUUUAUCGAUGACGAAGCAAAUGAGGAAGAUUUCAUCCACGACCCGGAUGCAGAAGAUCAGCCCGAACGCAAGAAGUCUAAGGCCGAGGUUAUGAAGGAAGUCAUUGCCAAAUCCAAGUUCUAUAAGCAAGAACGGCAAAAAGCCAAGGAAGAUGAUGAGGAUUUACGAGAUGAAUUGGACCAGGAGCUCCCCGAUCUUUUUGAGGCCUUGCGAGGUAUGAAGGCCCCGGGCAAGCCCGAGCCUGUUCAGCAAGACCUGGAUACCAUGAACCCAGAGCGUGCCGCUAUGCUCCAAGGGGUUGAGAAGACAGAUGCUGAGAAGCAGUACGACCAACGGAUCAGGCAAUUGACUUUCGACAAGCGAUCUGCGCCCACGGACCGUACAAAGACAGAGGAAGAGAAGGUGGAGGAAGAAGCUGAAAGGCUAAAGAAACUCGAGGAAAAUCGACUCAAGCGCAUGCGCGGUGAACAUGUUAGCGACGACGAAGAUGACGACGACAAGGAAUCAUUUGUCCAGGAUGAUGAUGAUGAUGAUGAGUCGAUGAUUGAUGAUGCGACAGCCUUUGGUCUUCCCACAUAUGAGCCACGGAAAGACCUGGCUGUUGAAGACGAAGAUGAUUUCAUUAUUGACGACGAUCUGGUCGAGACGAGGUCUAAUGCCAGCCUUGAUAUGGAUGGAAGCGAUAUGGAGGAGGAGGAUCUCUCGGAAGACGAUGAAUCCGAGCAGUCGGAACAGGAAGACGAGCUCAUCAAUGGAAUGUCCUUACCGGCUGCCAAUGCAGUAUCAACAGCUGUUGCAGCUAACCAAACCGAGGAGGGCAAAUUGGCCUUUACCUAUCCCUGCCCAGACGACCAUGAGGCUUUCCUUGCUUUGAUCGAUGGAGUACCUAGCCAGGAUGUGACGACUGUCAUCCAGCGCAUUCGUGCCUUGCACCACCCCCGUCUUCAUCCCGAUAACAAGGCCAAGCUGGGUCGGUUUGCCGAGAUUCUCAUUGAACAUGUUUCCUACAUGGCGAACCAGCCCGAGGAAUUGUCAUUUGCCCUCAUGGAAAAUAUUCUUCGUCAUGUGCACUCGUUGGCCAAGACCCACCCCAUGAACGUGGUUAUGGCCUUCCGUGCUCGUCUUCGUGAGAUUUCCAACGACCGUCCGUUGAGCUUGCUCCCUGGUGAUCUUGCCAUCCUCACCGGCAUCUCGACUGUCUUCCCUACAUCGGAUCAUUUCCAUGCCGUGUCAACGCCCGCUCAUCUGUGCAUUGCACGAUUCUUGGGACAGUGCUCAGUCAACACUCUGUCUGAUUUCACAACCGGUGCUUUUGUCACGAGUCUUUUCCUCCAGUACCAAGCAGUCUCGAAGAGAUACAUGCCUGAGUUCAUGAACUACAUUCUCAAUGCUCUUUGCAACCUCGCUCCCACCGAGCCCGCAUCUAAACUGGGAUGUUUCCCAUCCCGCAAAUCCGAGGAAUCUGUUCGACUCGCACCAUCUCAAAAGGUCACUCCCCGCAAGCUGCAAUUCCGUGACAUCAUUACUUCUCCAUCAGACCCUCAGGCUGAGGAAGACUUGAAGAUUUCCCUCGUGACUACUUUCGUCUCCCUCCUUGAUACCGCGUCGGAUCUUUGGGCUGAAAAGUCCGCCUUCACCGAGAUCUUUACUCCUGUCGAGGCCAUCUUGAACCAUCUUAAGGAAUCUUUCAAGACCAAGGCCUUCUCCGCAGCUCGGGCCCCGAUCCAGUCCACAAUGGACAAGCUCGACGCUCACUUGGUGAAAGCCCACCUCACCCGCCGCCCCCUCCUUCUCCACAACCACCGUCCCUUGGCUAUCAAAUCCGCCAUCCCCAAGUUCGAGGAGAACUUCAACCCGGACAAGCACUACGACCCGGAUCGCGAGCGUGCCGAGUCCAACCGUCUCAAGGCCGAGUACAAACGCGAGAAGAAGGGCGCCAUGCGCGAACUUCGCAAGGAUGCCAGCUUCGUUGCUCGCGAGAAGUUGCGCGAGAAGAAGGAGCGCGAUUCCGAGUACGAGAAGAAGUACAAGCGUCUUGUUGCGGAGAUUCAGAACGAGGAAGGUCGUGCUGCCAACGACUACGAACGCGAGAAGCGGGGACGUCAGGGCAAGCGUUAA